CUUAAUGACGCAUGGAGGGCUCACAGAAAAGAGUUUUUAAAGCUUGUUUACAGACUUCUCAUACUGACCAUCUAUUUCACAGGUCACAUAUGGUGUUUUCUAAGAUGCAUAUUUAAUCAAUAUAGUUUAUUAGUGUGAUUUUCACUGUGCUAAAUAACUACCAUCAUUUUGUUUUAACUUUUAUCACUGUAUAUUAUCACAUAUUUAUUAAAUACAACAGUAGAAUAGAAUAGAAUAGAAUAGAAUAGAAUAGAAUAGAAUAGAAUAGAUGUUCAAUAUCAGUGAUUAACAAUGAAUGCAUUUUAGCAGCUCUUUCUUUGGGUUAGCAGCACACAACAAAAUGUAAAUCUUUCUGUUUUUAAUAGACAUUUCCGCGAUAUAGAUAUAUUAUUAAUUUUAGUUGAAUUUUGUUUGUAUAUUAUCAGUUAUAACUUCACCAUGGCCUUCCACACGGAAGACUUUUGCAGACUUUCACUGUUUUUACUCCCAGUUUGUUUCUGCGCAUCACAUACAAUCCAUUCUGCGCUAAUGCUUCAUCAUUUACGGUACCACAGCGUCGUUACCAUGACAACUCGGAUUCGUUCGUCUUCUCCGAAAACAAGCCGCACACAGAAGUACAGCAAGAACACUGUUUUCCUUAAAGUAUGACCAGAACACGCUGUCUGUCGCAACAGAAGUCUGUCUUGUGAAGCUGCUCCGGCUGCGCAGGGAUUUUUUUUUUUUUUUAAACACCGGGAGCAUCUGCCAUAAAUACAGGCAGCGUUCGUGAUGGAAGCCCCGCAGGAAGACGUGGCUACUGUCGGUGCCUCAGCGGCGAUUGAAGGGCAGCAGUUGAAAGCGUCGGAAGAAGCAAUCGCAUUCAUGUCCAGCAUCGAGCCUCAGAAGUGCGUGUUUGCAGACUCUCUGGUGACUGUGUCCGAGGGAGGCAGAGAUCUGGGGAAGUUCAGUGUUCAGGUGGAGUUUGGCCGCAGAGUCCAGCAGCCCUGUCUGCUGCUGUAUGCUCAGAGCCACGGAGCCAUUGAUGACUCCCCCUGUGGGACAACAGUGACAGCCUACCUAACUUCUGACCUGGAGGUGCUGGAGGAAGAUUUCCACGAGUAUGUCAAGGUCAACGGCCACAGCUUGGACAAGAGGUGUCACAUGGUGCAGCGUGACGGACAGAUGGUGAUCGAUAAAGUCACAACUGUGGGAGAGGAGGUGACAAAGGAGAGCGUUUCUCAUCCCAUGUCUGUCCUACGAGGGCUGGUAACUGAGGGCUCCACCUUGUUGCUGAUGCGUCUCAUGGCUCUGAGGAAAAAGGUGCCAGAAAACAUGACGUUUGUCUCCUUGGACCAACGAUUGCGCAUCAUCCACACCACCUUUAGUGAGCUGGGUCUGAAGCAGCUGGAGGUUGGAGGUGAGACACUGGAGGCAUUUGGAGUGGAGAAGAUUGUUCAUUCUGUGGAGGACAGUCCUACCGCUUGGCACUGCUACUUCCUGGAUGACGGACACUUGGCCAGCAGAGUGCAGGUGGGAUCACCAGUCGCUAUGAGGCUUCUGGAGCUGCCAUCAAAAAUAGAAAAAGGUUUUGAAAAGAUCCCCCUUGUCUGGGAAGAAGACAUGCAGAUGCAUUCAGAGUUCCUGGACAGAAAGGAGGAGCUGAAGGCUGGCCAUGCCUCAUACCUCAGACAACAUCCAGAGAUCAGGGCCCUCAUGUCUGACUUUCUGCAGUUCUUGUUGCUGAGGAAACCUGAUGACGUCUUCCAGUUUGCCAGAGAAUACUUCCUUCCUUUUGCACCUCGCCGUCCUCCAGAAGCAGACCCGAAAGCCGAGUCGCUUUAAAAGCACACUUAAGGGCACAUCUUGCAUGUUACAAAACUCAGUCUUUUUCCCUGUUCAUUUAUCACAAUAUCUCACACUGAAGUUUAAUAUUCACACUUGUUUUUUUUCUUUUGAAUGAUAGCUAAUAAGUGGUAAGAAGGGGAACAUGGUGGAGAGGAGCAAUUACUUUCAAACUUGUGGCUGUGUGAUCUUUUCACAGAACUUUAUUGAUCUGAAUAAACUGAUUUGUCAAAAACA